AUGGCAACUCCUGAUGCUGCCUUCGAGAUCCUCAUGAAUGGGGUGACGAGCUGGGAUGUUCCCCCAACUCCCGUGCCCUGUGAACUGCUUCUGACUGGAGAGGCUGCCUUCCCGGUGAUGGUGAACGACAAAGGCCAGGUCCUCAUCGCUGCCUCCUCCUAUGGCCAGGGCCGCCUGGUGGUGGUGUCCCAUGAAGGCUACCUGGUGGUCCCUGGGUUGGCUCCAUUCCUUGUCAAUGCAGCGCGCUGGCUCUGCCUCACCCCGGGAGCUCCCAUCGGUGUGCACCCAUCCCUGGCACCCCUCGUGAGCCUCCUUCAGAAAUCUGGAGUCCAAGCACAAGUUGAGGCAGAACCAGGAGAGCCCUUGGGAGUUUUCUGCAUGAAUGCCUACAGUGACACCUUGACUGAGAAGCUGGUCCAGUUUGUGAAGCGUGGAGGGGGUGUGCUCAUCGGGGGCCAAGCCUGGUAUUGGGCCAGUCAACAUGGUUGUGACCAGGUGCUGUCCAAGUUCCCUGGGAACCAGGUGACAAGUGUGGCCGGGGUGUACUUCACUGACACCUAUGGGGACAAAGGCCGGUUCAAAGUCUCAAAGAAGGUGCCCAAGAUCCCACUUCAGGUCAGGUGUGGGGAGGACUUCAGUCGGCAUCAGCAGCAACUUCUGGAAGGGAUCCCAGAGCUGGACAUCCAGACCGGAGGCGUCCCUUCACAGCUGCUGGUGCAUGGAGCUCUGGCCUUCCCCCUGGGGUUGAAUGCCAACCUCGGCUGCUUCCUGGCCGCUGCCCGCUACGGCCGAGGCCGUGUGGUGCUGGCUGCCCAUGAGGGUUUACUGUGUGCUCCCAAGAUGGGGCCCUUUCUGCUCAACGCUGUGCGCUGGUUGGCCAGAGACCAGGCAGGAAAAGUUGGGGUGAACAAAAGUCUGAAGGGCCUGUGUGCCCUGCUGUCGGCAGGGGGUAUGGCCUGCAGCCUGGAGCCCCAUGUGUCCAGGGAACUGAGUGUCUACUGCUGCCCUGCAUACAGUGGCCAGGAGACCCGGGCACUUCAGGAGUUUGUGGCCGAGGGUGGGGGGCUGUUGAUCGGGGGCCAGUCCUGGUGGUGGGCCUCCCAGCACCGUGGCCACUCCGCUCUGGCCAGCUUCCCUGGGAACCUUAUCCUCAACCCCAUGGGCCUCAGCAUCUUGGCCCAGACCCUCAACCAGGGCUGUUUCCCAACGCCUACCCCCAAGAUGAGGAGUUAUCACUUCCGCAAGGCACUUGCAGCCUUCCAGGUGUCCUCGAGCAUGGAAAAGGGCUGGCUGGCCAGGCUGGGCACAGACAUUACAGCCUUCCUGCAGAUCCCUGCUAAAGGCAUUCCGGCCUACGCCUCCCUGCACCGGCUGCUCAGGAAGACCUUGCAUCAGGCCGGCCUCCCUGCCGUGAGCUCCAGCAACCCUGUGGCCAGUGACUCCCGCGAAGCCACGCUGCUCUGCCUGGCCACAGAGCUGGCCCACGCGGGCACUGACUGCUUCCAGCUGGCCCAGGGGCUUGGAAAUGGCACCUGCCCAUCCAGGCUUGAACACCCCAUCACUGUGGAGGUCAACGGAACCAACAGAGGCAGCGGUGACUCUUGGGUAAGCACCGGGCUCUACCUUCCGGAAGGAUACAAUGUGGAAGUCUCUCUCUCGGAAGCUGCCACAUCUGCUGGCCUGAAGGUGCAGGUGGGCUGCCACACUGAUGACCUGAGCAAAGCCAGCAAGCUGUGCCGAGCACCCGUGGUGACGCAGCAGUGCUGCAUGGACCAGCCCCAGCUCUCAGUCCCCUGCCUCUGGGGGGGCCUGCUCUAUGUCAUCGUGCCCAAGGGCAGCACUCUGGGCCCGGUACCUGUUACCUUCAGAAGGGCCGGGCCAGCCCCCUACUUCAAGCUGGGUCAGACAUCACUGGAGGAGUGGAGAAGGUGCAUUAAGGACAACCCAGCGCCCUGGGGAGAGCUGGCAACCGACAACAUCAUCCUGACUGUGCCCUCCUCUAACCUACGCACCCUGGAGAACCCUGAGCCCCUGCUGCACCUCUGGGACGAGAUGAUGGCUGCGGUGGCCAGACUGGGCGCCCAGCCCUUCCCCUUCCACCGUCCUGAGAGGAUCGUAGCUGAUGUGCAGAUCUCAGCGGGCUGGAUGCACUCUGGGUACCCUAUCAUGUGCCACUUGAAGUCGGUGCAGGAGAUCACCCAUGAAGCAGGCAUGAGGAGCAGUGGCCUGUGGGGACCCAUCCAUGAGCUGGGUCACAACCAGCAGAAGUCUGGGUGGGAGUUCCCUCCACACACCACGGAGGCCACCUGCAACCUGUGGUCUGUCUAUGUGCACGAGACAGUCCUGGGCAUCCCUAGAGCUCAGGCCCACCCUGCGCUGAAGCCUUCAGAACGGGAGAAGCGGAUCAGGGUACACCUGGGCAAAGGAGCUCCGCUAUGCGACUGGAGUGUGUGGACAGCCCUGGAGACAUACCUCCAGCUCCAGGAAGCCUUUGGAUGGGAACCCUUCACCCAGCUCUUUGCUGAGUACCAGACCCUCCCUUGCCUGCCCGGAGAUAACACUGGCAAGAUGAACCUGUGGGUGAAGAAGUUCUCCCACCAAGUGCAGAAGAAUCUGGUUCCGUUCUUCAAGGCCUGGGGCUGGCCGGUGCAGAAGGAAGUGGCCGACAGCCUGGCUUGCUUACCAGAGUGGCGAGAAAACCCCAUGAGAGUAGAUUUCCUUUCCCCAAAGUGA